AAUGGAGAGUCACAAACAAAAGCAAAAGAAGCUUGUUUCGAAGAUGAAGAAGAGAAAUAUGAGAGAGAAGAUAGAGCACGAGAGGCUCCUCUUCCUUACAGGAAGAGGUAGCUCUGCUCCUCAGGGAUUCAAAGGUAAAUCUUACAAUCCAACUGGCAGGACAACUUAUAACAGAGGCCAGAGACCUUUGAAGAUUUUUCCAGAAAUCCCAUUGAAUAAUGAGAAUCAAAAUUUUAACCCUAAUAUUUACCAAAAGAAAAUGUUGGAGGUAAAACCCAAAGAGAAAGAUAUUCUCCCAGUUAAGCCUAAUAAGAGAGAUGCCAAAUUUGCAGGGAAGGUACAAGACAAUACUGCCAAGGACUCUGGGUUUGCACCCCUAGACUCUUCUUCGAACCUAAGUCAAUCUAAAGGAACAUCUUUAGCGCAAAGUUCAACUUUUAGAGGUCAGAUGCAAGUCCAAGCUCAAGAUAGUGAAAGUGAUAUCAGGAUAGAACCUAAUAAGAAUGUACAAGGCAAUUGGCUUGUGGGAUGGAGUAAGCAAGGCUCUCAGGCUGAUAAACCCUCUCAAAGAGUGAAGAAAGUAGAUAAUAGUAUUUUCAAGAAGGUAUCUUCUGAAAGCCCAAGUAUCUUUGAUAGCUUUAAGCAAAGGAUGAAGCAAAGAAGUACACCUGGGGCUUCUGAUCGCAAUGAGAAUUCUGAUGAUGAAGACUCUCAAAAUUUACAAGAUCAAUCAGAUACAGAUCGUUUAAAGCAAACUGCCAAAUCUGAAGAAAGUGGAAGCUGGUUUCAUAUCUGGAAGAAGAAACAACAACAGGCCAAUAAUCUAUCACACUCAGUAAGAACACAAGAUAAUAAGCAAGAGCUAAACAAAGCUGAGGUGCAACAAUCAGAUCUUGUGAAACAACAUGAACAGAACAUCAAUACUUCUGAUUCAAAACCUAACAAAAGACAUGCUGCAGAAAUCUCUAUUGACGAUUCCUCUAUACACAAGUCUCAGAAAGUCUGAGAACGCCAAGGAAUUGAUGAAGGAAUUAUGCAGCAAAAUUCAAGAAAAUCCCUUGAGAUUCAAAGAUCUUCUCCUGGACUGUCUAAGAGUUUAAAGAAAGAUUCAGAGCAAAUUAAGGAAUCAUUCUUGGACCAAACUUCCCUUAAGAAAUUUCGUGGAAAAGGAAAGCUUUUUACUAAACAGAUGGAGACACUUGAAGAGAAUAGGAGCAGCACUUCAAAAGUACAUGACUCUGUCAUGAGAGAAGAGUCCUCACCGAAUAUGAUGAAAGUAAUACAAAAUACUGAAAAGCAGAGAGAUAUGGAUCAUGACAACCAAGACUCUCCUCAGGCUGAAUCUGUUGAGCCUCAAUCAAGUUUUCAAAAAUUUAUGGAGCGCAAAAAGUUAGCUGCACAGAGAGAAUUAGCCAACUUGAAGGAUUCUGAUUCAGAAGAGAAAGCUAACAAAGGCCAAACCAAGCGUUUUGUUGCUUCAAGUAAAUAUAAAGGGAAAUCUACCAGAAAUAGCAGAAUGCAUGGAUAUACGAAGAAAAGACCAACACAAAAACCGUAUAAGAAGAAAUUUGGCUAUGGAGAAAUUUCUAGACCAGAUUCUCCAAGCUGGAGAGAGACCAGUUUUCAUAAUUCCAGGAGACCAAACCAAGGCCUUGCCGAAGCGGAUGUUGAGGUUAUUGAAUUAAGUAGUGAGAUGCAUAGGCAAGAAGCUGACUCUAUCAACCAGAACGCCCCAAACCUUGAACCUGAAGAUAAUCCUGCUAAAUCAUCUCCUUCACAGGAUGAGAAGUGAGACGAUCAAUAUGAAAAUAUUAGAUUGAAGGAUUCUCUCCAAAAAUAUAAGCCAAGUAUUACAGAUUGCGUUGAAGUAGCCAAGAGGUGAAUUGUAGCAUCUGUGGAGGCAGUGGAGAAGAAAUUCACCCCAGAAUUUUUGGAAAAGCUAAAUUCUGAAAGUUUAGGGUAUAAAAGCGAUGUUUUGGUUGGCAAACUUGACCUCGCUUUGGAACAAAAAUUCUUUGGAUCUGGCCUAGGUGAGGAACUUGCAAAUGAGAUGAGCAAUAGGGGUAUCUGAUUAUGUGAUAUCGACGGGGAAGGUAUAACAAGGUGGGAAAGUAGUAACGUAGAAGCAAUUGAACACUUCUUAAAAGGAUUCAAUUCCAUUGAAUUGUAUCCUACUCUUAACCAACUUAAGUUAAUCCUUGAAUUUCACUCAAAUGUGACUACGAUUAGUCUUGAGUCAGUCAGAGAAUUUUUAUUUAAUAGAAAAUCGAAAAUGAUUGAAAGACAGUAUUUCGCUAAAUGGAUUUCAUCCAUUUUUGGGCUAAAUCUCUCAUCUCUAAAAAUGGCAUCCAUAGAAGUUCCUGAGAAUAUAGAAGACUAUGGAGAGCUCCUUAUAAAACUUAUGGGACUAUUAUGCUUGUUCUAUGAUCUGAAACCACAAGAAUUAAUGAAACUCCAAAUGUGCUCUAUUGUUUAUCUCAAACCUCAUUUCUGAUUCAAAAGUGAGCGAGAAGAUUAUGUGAUGAUACUUCCUAUUUGUUACUCAAAAUUCUUGCAUAAUUUGAUAAGCAAGAGUCAUACUUGUGACAGAAAGAGCUGCUCUCAGAUUGUUGAUCAAGAUCAUUUAAGGAAUUUCUGUUAUCAUGAUCAAAACAGACUAUUUUCAUCUCUCGAACCAAACAUGAGAGAGUUUUUGGAAGAAAUCAAUCAAGGACAAGAAUAUAGUUUAAUUUAUGCUGAUACUACCAAAUUUAUUAGAGUAUUAGAUUUCUCUCGCAAGGAGAAAGAGUCUAUAUAUCCUGCCCAUGUCGUUACAAAAAAGCAGAAGGAUAUUCCCUUAAGAAUACUCGACUCAAGGCUCGAUAUAAUCCAUUCUAAAACAUCAUCAGAGGCUUCCAAAGUAUUCAGAGAUUCCUUCAAACCCUUUCUAGCCACCCCAGACGCCUCACUCAACCUCUACAGUAUCUACAUGUCCAAAUUCAGCUGUGAUUCCUCAAUUAGCAUCUAAUAUCUUUUGUCUGCU